UGGAUCUAUACCGGCUGAGCAGGCAUACUGAGUGGUGCCUGAAGGCAGCCGUAAGGACGAAGUAAAUCAAUUAACUCCAUGGUUUUCAUGAAGACCUCUUCAUAUCAAAACUUCUUUCUUUACAUGCGUCUCCUCUGAUCCCGUGGAGAUGAAAAUUGACAUCCACAGUCACAUUCUACCAAAAGAAUGGCCAGAUCUAAAGAAGAGAUUCGGUUACGGAGGCUGGGUGCAGCUCCAACACCACGGCAAGGGAGAAGCAAAGAUGCUGAAAGAUGGGAAGGUCUUCAGAGUGGUUCAGGAGAACUGCUGGGACCCAGAAGUUCGCCUUAGAGAAAUGGACCAAACAGGAGUGACCGUGCAAGCCCUUUCCACGGUUCCCGUCAUGUUUAGCUACUGGGCCAAACCUCAGGACACUUUAGAGCUGUGCCAGCUUCUAAACAAUGACCUAGCUGCCACCGUUGCGAGCCACCCGAGGAGGUUUGUGGGUCUGGGGACAUUGCCCAUGCAGGCCCCUGAGCUGGCAGUCAAGGAGUUGGAGCGCUGUGUGAAGGAGCUGGGCUUUCCGGGGGUUCAGAUUGGCUCCCACAUCAACGAGUGGGACCUGAACGCCCAGGAACUCUUCCCAGUGUACGCGGAGGCUGAAAAGCUGAACUGUUCCCUAUUUGUGCACCCCUGGGACAUGCAGAUGGAUGGACGGAUGGCCAAAUACUGGUUCCCUUGGCUCAUAGGAAUGCCCGCAGAGACCACCACAGCCAUUUGCUCCAUGAUCAUGGGUGGAGUGUUCGAGAAGUUUCCUAAACUGAAAGUAUGUUUUGCACAUGGAGGUGGUUCCUUCCCCUUCACAGUAGGAAGAAUCUCCCAUGGAUUCAGCAUGCGUCCAGAUCUGUGUGCCCAGGACAAUCCAACCAACCCAAAGAAAUACGUUGGCUCCUUUUACACGGACUCCUUGGUUCAUGAUCCUCUGGCCCUCAAGCUACUAACAGAUGUCAUAGGAAAGGAUAAAGUCAUUUUGGGAACCGAUUACCCCUUUCCACUAGGUGAGCUGGAACCUGGGAAACUGAUAGAAUCCAUGGAAGAAUUUGAUGCAGAAACAAAGGAUAAACUCAAAGCUGGCAAUGCUCUAAAAUUUUUGGGUCUUGAGAGAAAACAAUUUGAAUGACUGAAUUUACUACAAAGGCAAAUUUCAAGAAGAUAUUUUAUCUUUGUUUUUAAAUAUGUAUCACAUAUGUAUCACUAAAAUCCUAUUUUGAACACUUUUAUCUAGAAAUAGAAUAUAUAUCCUAAAUUGUUCAUAACGAAAAUGACUCGUGCUUUUAUUCUGAAAAGUAGUACAUUAUUUCAUUUGCAAAUCAAAAAUAAUUUUCCCAGUGCCUUUUAAAUUAAUGUCAGAAAUAAAAAGCAAAAUGUCAUUAAUGAUUUAUAUGGAAAAAAUAACAGAUUCAUCCCAGAGGGUUCAGGUAGGGUCUACUUUGAGCAAAUAUAUGUUAAUAGGGCCCAAAUAAACUGUUUUUAUUCACUUUUAACACCUUCCAUUAGCCCAGAAGUGGGCUGGGAG